CAUUUUAAAAACGUUAGCGGUUUUUCAAGAACACACAACAGUUGCUCAAGCAAAAGAAGAAGAAAAGGAAGUUUUAAAGAGAGACGGGAUUUUCAACGCUGUGGAAUUAAAAGCCCAAUUUGUUUCUAAAAUGCAGAAUAAGGAAAAUUAUGAGCCAAGGUUUCUCCAAAGACAGAUUGCAACCCCAAGUAUGCUGGACGGACCACAGCGUGUUCUCGUGAAGCCAAGAGUAGAUGCAAUGAAACUUUCAGUUACAGGUCCUGGGAGAGAAUGUGUGAGCUCAUCUUCCUCUUCUCCACCAAAGAAAAUUACGAUUGACGACUUCGACAUUGGCCGGCCCCUUGGAAAGGGCAAGUUUGGCAAUGUCUACCUUGCCAGGGUGAAGAAGCUGGAAGCCAUUGUGGCGCUGAAGGUGUUGUUUAAGUCCCAGAUGGAGAAGGAAGGGGUGGAGCAUCAACUUAGGAGAGAAAUUGAAAUUCAAGCACAUCUCAAACACCCAAACAUCCUGCGAUUCUACAAUUAUUUCCAUGAUCGCAAGAGGGUUUUCUUGGUGCUGGAAUACGCUCCAAAUGGAGAACUGUACAAAGAGCUGCAGAAAGUUGGACGGUUUGAUGAUCAGCGUACUGCAACAUUCAUGGAGGAGAUAUCUGACGCUCUGAUGUAUUGCCACGAGAAGAAAGUGAUUCACCGCGACAUCAAGCCAGAGAAUCUUCUUCUUGGCUUUCGUGGAGAACUUAAAAUAGCAGAUUUUGGGUGGUCUGUCCACGCACCUUCUCUAAGACGGCGCACUAUGUGCGGGACGUUGGACUACCUUCCUCCUGAGAUGAUUGAGGGACACACCCACAGCGAGAAAGUGGACUUGUGGUGCAUCGGAGUCCUGUGCUAUGAAUGCUUAGUCGGCAACCCGCCUUUUGAAACAGCCAGUCAUACAGAAACUUACAAGAGGAUUAUGAAGGUGGAUCUGAAAUUCCCUAAAGUGGUCUCUGAAGGCGCACGGGACCUGAUCUCAAAGCUGCUCCGCCACAACCCCAUCGACCGUCUGCCUCUUCAGAGCGUCAUCGACCACCCGUGGGUGCGGGCCAACUCUCACAGACUCCUUCCUCCCACCUGCCCCACCAAGAAGCCCUGAGCACACCAGCCUGCGGACUGAAGGACGUUUUCGGUUUUCACUGUCCAUCACAAAAGACUGUGCCAGCCUGAUCACUAUACCCGCUUCGUUUACCUGAAACCUUUAAAAUGUGUAGAUUUAUUUACAUUAAGGUUCACUUAUUUUGCUUCUGAACAUGUGGAUACCAAAAUAGAUUAGAUUAUUAGAUUGUUCUCGUGUACAUUUGUGAUCACUCUUACUUUAUAUGGUGUGAUGUCUCUGUCUAUGUCUACCUUGGUGUUUUUUAUAUUUAGUGGAAAGUUUUUAGUUAUACUGCUUUUGUGUUGAUUUACAACAGUGUUUGACCAAAGUACUACUGUUGGACUGUCUCAUGCAAGUAUUGUCUCCAGUUGUUGAAAAUUUAGCUUUUUGAAGCUUGGGUUGAAGGCAUUUUGAAAUUUCUAAUAAAGUAUAAACAAAUUCGUA